GCAAUAGAGCUUUUGAGAGAUAGUAAGAAUAAGGCUAAGCAUAACAGGAGAUUUGAACCUAAGAGAGAAUAUAAAGAGAUUGUUGGAUAUGCAAAGAGUAUAGCUAUUAUUGAUGUUCACAGUGAAUCAAAGAAA